AUGCAAACCACAAAGAGUCGUCUGUACGUUGAAUUAUCAUUCAAUUGUAGAAAUCUUGCAAACAAGGAUGUUUUAUCAAAAUCAGAUCCACAAGUAUUAGUUUAUCAAAAUGUUGGACCAGACCAAUGGGAAUUAGUAGGUCAAACUGAAAAGAUCAAGAAUAACCUUAACCCAACCUUUACAAAGACUGUAAAGGUUGAUUAUUACUUUGAAUUUGUUCAAACAUUGUCAUUUGUAGUGGUCGAUGUCGAUGGUGAUACUAAAAAGGCUUACAAGGAGCUCUCAAAGCACGAUACUAUCGGUACUGCCAAUAUUGCACUCGGACAAAUCGUCUCUGCUCCAGGUCGUCGUCUUGAAGCCAACCUCAACACUCCAGCUGGUAGUUUCAGUGGUAUGAUUGAUAUCCGUGCUGAAUUCUUCCAAAAGACUGGUCAAAAGAUUACUUUUGCUUUAUCUUGUAAAAAUUUGGAUAAAAAAGAUUUAUUUGGUAAAUCGGAUCCAUACUUUAAGAUUUUAAGAAUCAAUGAAGAUAAUGCUACUUGGACCGAAGUCUAUAAAAGCAAGGUUAUCAUGGAAAACUUGGAUCCAUUCUUUGAGACUGCUAAAUUCUCAACCGAUGAACUUUGUGGAGCCAAUUUCCAACGUCCAAUCAAAUUUGAAUUUUAUGAUUGGGAUAAGAACUCUGCUCAUGAUUUAAUUGGUACUUUUACUACAACAAUGGAAGUAUUAUUAUCACCAGCAAAAGAUUCAGGAUUCCCAAUUAUUAAUCCAAAAAAGACAUCAAAGUCUGGGUACAAGAACAGUGGUGUUGCAUUCUUUAAUGGAUUGACUGUAAAGACACGUUUCCCACACUCGAUUUUGGACUAUAUCAAUGGUGGUUGUGAAAUUGGUUUGAUGGUUGCUAUCGACUGUACUGCAUCCAACUCUACCGGUAACUUGCAUCGUAUUGAUAAUAAUGCCAAUGCUACACUCGGUCAAGGUUCCUUUAACCAAUACGAACAAUCCAUCUUGGAGAUUGGUAAGGUGUUGGCUCCCUAUGACACUGACAACUUGAUUCCAAUCUAUGGAUACGGUGGUGCUGUCAAUUCUGUCACCUCUCACUGUUUCCCAUUCGAUGUCCAAGGUGGUCGUUUGGAAGGCAACGGUGUAUUUGAUCUCCACCAAAUCUAUCGUCAAAAUAUUGGUAAGAUCAGUCUCUCCUAUCCAACCAACUUUGCCGACGUUAUUGAAAGAUCACUCCAAACCGCUCAAGAAGGUCUCCUCAACCCAACUCACCAAAAGUAUACCAUUCUUUUGAUUAUCACCGAUGGUGAUAUCAGUGACAUGACUGAAACCAAAAACAAACUCUUAACUGGUUCUAAUUUACCAUUAUCUGUUGUCAUUGUUGGUGUUGGAAAGGGAAGUGACUUCAAGUCAAUGGAAGAAUUGGAUGGUGACAAGAUUAAAAACAAUCUCUUCAGAGAUAUUGUUCAAUUUGUUCCAUUUGAAGAGACUGUUGCCAAGGGUAAUGUUGCCAAGGAAACACUAAAGGAAAUUCCAAAGCAAUUUAUCAAAUACAUGAGACAAAAGAACAUCAUGCCAAAUCCACCAAGACAAUACAUUGGUCCAGUCUCCCCUGCUGUUCAUCCAUAA